ACGCGGCCAUCAUUCGGCGUGACACCUGACAGGCAGGCUCGUUCGCGGAACGAUGGCGAUGGAGGAGAGAGCGAGGAUGGCGCGCAAACAUCACCCAGCCCUCCUGAUGGUCGUCCUGUUCGCCGGCCUCUUUUCAUCCACCCAGGCCGGCUUUCUGGACUCCCUCACCAACUACAUAUCCAUCAAGAACAUGUGCAACAAGACGAUAGACGCCAGCGACUCGCAGUACAUCACGUGGGACGCCAGUGCUGAGGGCGUGGCCACCUCCUACAUCUACGGCUACGACGACAACGUGUACUGCACCCUGACCUUACGGUACCCGGGCAGACUGUUCUACGUGCAGUAUAUACAGGUGGAUAUGGAGAAGCCGUCGUCCCCGGACAAGGACUGUCCAGACUACGUCAGACUGUACGACGGCAACUCCACACUGGCCUCACCGCUGUCGUCUGCCGUCUGCGACUAUAAAGCCGAGGACGCGAGUGUGAUCUCCAGAACCAACGCCGUGACGAUAGAGUUCAGCUCUGACAACAGGACCACUUCCAACAAGGGAGUUCAGCUACUCUACUCUACAUUCUACAGGCCUACCAACGUAAACAAAACAUGUUCCGGAACCGACUUCCAGUGCGACAGUGGGGACUGCAUCUCGGCGAGCCUGAUCUGUGACUUCCAGGUGCACUGCGCCGACAUGUCAGACGAGAGCAGUAAAAAGGGAUCUGCGUCCAAUUGCAUAGCACUUGGCGUGUUCGAAGACUUUCUGAAGACGUUCCUCAGCCUCGGUCUGGCCGCCGUCAUCGGCAUCAUCGUGGCCGUGGUGGUGGUGCUCAUCAUCAUCAUCAUCGUCUGCUGCAUCUGCUGUUGCAAGCUAUGCAAGAAGUCGGACAACACCGCCGUCUAGGGGCGCCCCCUGGCGUUCCCGAGACAGCACUGCCGUCUAGAGGCGACCUCUGGCGGCACCAGACAACACUGCCGUCUAAGGGCGACCUCUGACGUCAUAGGCGAUGGAACAGGACACCGCAAUGAUCUCUGUGCACGAAAAUCGGAAAACAAAACAAUAGGCUUCCUCACGGUUUGCAAAGGUUUGUGGGUAAGGUCAGAGGUUAAAGCCCCCUUACAGUUCCCGAGGAUUGACAGUAGAGUCAAAGGUUACAUCCUUUAAACAUGAUCCACGUGUUUCCAGAAAAACACGUCUGAACAAAGAACUGCUGACAAGUUAGGGGCCUUAGCCUUUGAACUUUGCGGAUGUGCACUUGGAACUGUAAACUACUUUAAAUGCAGAAACUUUCGCGGUGGUUUAAUGUUCGUGGUUUUCGCGGUGGUCGCUUCACCGCGAAAUUAAAACCCCGCAAACUUAAAUGCAUUUACGGAUGUGUACUUGGAGCUGUAAACUACUAGUAUCUCAUUCAUACCCAUAUUCCAAUAGGUAGUCUGGGCUACUCGCACUCUAGGUUAACGUCGCUGGAAAUAUCUUUAACCUCGACCUUAACCUUGACCCUCUCGUUUUAAACUCAACAAAAACAUGCACAGAGAUCAUGACACGUGUCAGUUUCCACGUCAUGGUAGUUUGCAUCUUGCAGGUAUUCGUGUUGGUGUGGAAUUUCGAUGGAAUAUGGUGCUGUACACUUCCAGGACUAAAGAUGUCUUUUCUCCGGCCUACCAUCGCUUCCAGGAAGCCCCAAACAUCUACAUUAACGACAGAGUG